AUGUGUCUUCUUUUCAAGAGAUCCUUGCUUCAUAAUCAAUCACUCCAAGUUAAUAGAAAGGAUAUUCACUGGAAACCCCUAGAUUUUCUUUUCUUUAAACUUAAUUUUGACGGUGCUUCAAAAGAUAAUUCAGGGAUCUCAAGAAUUGCCACAGUGAUUCGAGAUCGGAAAUGUUCAGUUUUACUAGCUAGGGCAGUUCACAUUCCUAAUGGAACAAAAGCCACUGCAUUAGUAUCAGGUUUUAAGUUAGCUACCAGUUUUAAGUUAGCUACCAAAUUGGGUGCAGAUAAAUUAAUUAUAGAGGGGGAUUCAAUGGUCAUCAUUUCAACCUUGAAGAAAAUGGACAUUGUUGAAUGGAAACUCAAAUAUAUUCUUAAAGAGGCCUGGGAACUCCUUUCCAAUUUUGCAGAGUAUGAGGUUCUCCACUGCUACAGAGAGGCGAAUGCACUGGGAGAUGCCUUAGCCAGUAAAAGUUGUGAGCCUUCAUUUUCGGAGAAGGGAUUUACAAAGGAUAUUUAA